AUGGUUGUGUGGAUGGAGUGGUGAGAGGAAAAAGAUGUGUGGGUCCUCUUGAAGUUAAAAACACAAAGUGUGUUUGCUCAUGGGUGUGUGUUUUUGUGAAUGAAAGUGUGUGUUGAUCUGCUGUAACAGUAUGUUGCCACCUGUGAAGAAGGACAGAGUCAUAACCCAGCUCCCCAAAGUGAGUUCACACUAACACACAGUACACACACACUGGGAGUAAUAGUCAAAAGAUGUUUGGAUUUAGUUUGCCAAGCUUCGUCUUGUUGUGCCUCUUUCCAUUUUUCUUUCUGUGGUUGACUCUUUCCUCUUCCUUCUUUCUUCACAGUGUUUUAGUCCAAAUGCAGCAUUACACACCAAAGAUGGCUUCCACCCACAGGUGAAGGCUAUUUGCCAGGUACAGAAGGCAGGAACAUUAAGGUAAGUAUACAGAAAGGUUAAUAAACUGACACAGACAGCCUCUAAUAAUGCGGCUUUGCACACUCUGAUAUGGGUUUGAAUCAGAUUAUUUCAGGCAGAGUCCUUUAAGUCAUGCUGUGUCAGCUGACUGCGCUGCACCACACCCAUCACAAAUGAGCGCAUCGAUGGGGGUGGCGUCUAUCUACAAGACACUUAUUGUGCUCCAUUUGUCCCGUUUGAUGUUUUACUAACAGGAUAAACGGUUGUUACAUAUGAGCAGUUACUUCCAAUUCUGUGCAUUUAAAUGCAAACUCAAAUAACGCAAAUAUGAGUUUGUUUGUUUCUCAAGACUCUUGAAUCAGCUUGGCAAUGUAGCUUUUAGGAAGCUGAUUUCAUACAGCAACCUGCUUUGCAUCUUUUGAAAACUCCAUUAGCUGGAGGGUAUACAUAUUUAGUGCAGUAAUAACAACAGGACAAUGUAUGAGGGGCUCCCAUUUAAAUCCAAGGUAGGAAAGAGCACAAGCUUAAUCAAAUUAGUUUUGAUAAUUGAGACAAAAAUUAAGAUGAAAUAAUACAUUUAAUAGAUAAUACAAGUUUGCUAUUUUUUUGGUCAGACUCUUUUCAUUUGUUUAUAACUAGACGAUUUAAAAUAUGUCAGAAGUUAUUGAUUGAAGGCUUUACAGCUCUAAAAGUCUUGACCUCCACGUGCUUCACUUCUACAGGAAAAACAUGUAUUUGACUUUGAUAGAUGGUAUGAAACAAUAGAGGGAAAGAGCUUCAUUUUAACUUUAAAAGAAUUACAGCAGAGUUUAAUUCAAGUCUGUGUGAUUGUACAUCAGCUUAUUUAUAUAUUCUUAAAUCAAGAUUUGGCUGAAAACACACCUUUUAAUGAAGCUUGUGAGUGCAUCAGUCAGGAAAAAAAUCAUCUUAUUUGUCAAGUCAAUUAUUCAGUUUAAUUUUAAUACGGGAACUGUUUGGGAAGGACCAAAAGCUUUCUGUGUUUUAUCUAAGUAAUAUCACAUAUAACUCAAUGCUUUUUCAAAUACAGAGAAAUUACAGAAGUUGUUCUAGAAAUUGUAAAAGCUGCAAGGUAGGUCUCAGGGCCUGAUUUAACUUAAAGUUUGUGUUAAGUUUUGCAUCCCUUGGAGAAAGCUGUACAUUUGAACUUUGAGCUAAUCUUCUGCUGCACACGUGGAAGCAGUGUUCCCCGAUCCCCCCCAAAACACAGAAAAAAAAUUAAUCUCUUUUAACAGUCAAACUGUCAAUGAAUUUUCCAUCAACAAUUUUUGCAAAAAAUGUAAAACAAAAACUGUUUCAGCAUCCUGCACUCAGUUACUUUGCCUCAGACGUCACAAAUAACUGAAGAAAGAAUAAUCUGACAAUCAUGUUUGUUGUUGUAGGUCAUAAUAUGGCAUCAGUAUUAAUUUUAGUUUGUUUCAUAAGCAGCUAAAAACUCCUCACAGCUGCUGUUGUGUUGAGUUAUGAAUGACUGAUAACAUCAUUGUCUCUCUGUCUGUUUGCAGCUUUAAUAUUGCCAAAGUCAUCGUGGUGGGGGAUGUUGCAGUUGGAAAAACCUGUCUGAUCAGCAGGUGAGAAACUGUAUUAAAUAAUACGAGUAGUUUCAGGUUAACUUUGAUGUUUUUUUAGGAUAAUUCUCACUGGGUUCUUCUGUUAAAGGUAAGGUAAGUUGUUGCUUAUUUUAGCCUUUAGCUUAAUGCUGUUCAUUUGACAUUAGGAAGUCUGCCUGCUCCAGUACUCACACUGAUCUAUAAGGGAGCGUGUGUGAUCUAAGGUAAACUUAAUCAAAUCCCACAAUGUCUAAAGAAGAUUUCAUGUGAUCAGGUUUUCUAGGUUAGGAUGCAAAUCAUCUUUAAGGGUCUAACUAGGUUACAUUCAGUUUGAUACAGAUCUGAGAUUAAGAUCCUGUUCUCAGAAAAGUAAUUAGUUCCCCAUAAAAUAAUCUGUGUAAUAAAGACACUUAUUAUCAGAUGUUACAUGAAGUCUUUCAUGUUCCUUCGAGGUUUCGUAAAGGUGCGUUUGAAAAGAACUACAAGGCGACCAUUGGCGUGGAUUUUGAGAUGGAGCGUUUUGAAGUGCUCGGUGUUCCCUUCAGUUUACAGCUGUGAGUAUAUCUCUACACCAAAGAGGAACAUUCGGUUGACACUUAAAUUUAUUUACUGUAACUCACUUAAGUUUUUAAGGUUAAUCAGGUCAACUGAGCCUGUUAAGAUCUGUACAAUCUGUAAACUUCAGGUGGGACACGGCAGGUCAGGAGCGAUUCAAGUGCAUCGCUUCUACAUAUUACAGAGGAGCUCAAGGUGAAUUCAGCUCUUUGUCUCAACUUGAUCACAACAUGAAACCUCAACAUGAAAUUAAAGUAUAUAGUGAUUAAUCAUACUCUUCCUGCAGCUAUCAUUGUGGUGUUUGACCUGAGCAGUGUCACCUCUUUGGCUCAUGCCAGGUAAGAUUUACAUUUCACUAUGAUCUCAUUAAAAAGUCAUUUGAAGUCCACUGUGUUGUGACUGUUUGUGUGUGUAGACAGUGGCUGGAGGACGCCAUGAAGGAAAAUGACCCAUCCAGUGUUUUACUGUUCCUUGUUGGCACCAAGAAGGACCUCAGCGUGAGUGAAAUCUAUGAAAUGGGUCGAAAAUAGAGUUGAAUUAUGUGAUCAACAGAGUGAGAGUCGUAUAAUUAGACUGUUUAGUGAUGGUUACUUAGAGUAAUUUAGAAAAUAAAAUCACAAUUUUACUACUCCUGCUGGUGACCAAAGGUUUUCUUUGGUUUUCUUCUGUCCUCUCUCCUCAGACUCCUGACCAGUUGGCUCACGUUGAGCAGGAAGCCAUCAGACUCUCUGAGGAAAUCAAAGCAGAGUACUGGGCUGUAUCUGCCAAGUCAGGUGGGAUUCAGACACCAUCAGAACAUGAGUUCAUCCUGAUAUCCCAUCCAUAAAUCUGUCUUUCAUAUCUUCUUUUGUCCUCUAUCAGUCUGAAUAAGCUUCCCUCUGUCUCUGUUGUUCCAGGAGACGGCGUCAGGGAGUUCUUCUUCCGUGUGGCCUCUUUGACUUUCGAGGCCAACGUUUUGUCUGAGAUUGAGAAAAACGGCUCGAGGCAGUUUGGGGACAUUAUCAGUGAGUCACUUUGUUCAGAAAAAUCGUCAGUGAAAACAGUGUGAUACUUUCAGUGAUUUUGACUUUUAGUCUUACAGCUAAACUUGGUUUGAUGUUGAUUAAUCUGUAGAGCUAUCCAGUGUGUUUUUUAAUAGUUUCAAAAGGGCAAAGAGUUUUAUGUUCUCAGUUACGUUUCCCUAUCAGUUGAUUUUGAAGCGUCAGUUUUUCUCAUGACACACAUAAGCUCAAGCAUCACCGUAGUAAUUUCCUUCAGGCUUCUGCAUACCACUGGUUUGGAUCAGAACAUUUAGCAGAUAAAAAUGAAGCAUAUGAAAAAAAAAGCACAUUGCAUCAGUCCAUUACUAACAUGUCCAACUCUCUGUGUGGUCCAUGUCUUCUCUUUGAAAAUGGAAACACUCAGUAGCAGAAUGAAGGAUUUUAAAUGAAGGAAAUGAUGAAAACUGAGCAUGACUUCAUACUUACUUGUGUUUGAUCUGGAUGGAGUUUAUUUCUCACUCAAACUGUAGUAUAUUCUGUUAGUUAGUUAGUUAGUUAGUUAAUUAGUUUGUAAGUUAGUUAGUUAGUUAGUUAGCCCAAGAAGCUUAAGGUGUCCUGUAGGCUUUCACGUCUGUUUUUAUUGUAAAUACUUGUGUUUACCCUUAGUUUCUCUCUCUCUAAAAUGAUCAUCUUUAAAACCUCCAGGUUGUCCAUGUUUAUUUUAAGAGUUAGUUUAACAAUGGGGCUGAUUCAGGUGUUUUAAAAAGCCAGUUUAAAGCUUCUUUGGUUCUUUACAUUGUUUUUUUAAAAACUAUUAUUAGAAACACACAUAUGUUUCUGGUGGUUGGAGCUACUUUUUUCUGUUCCUCACAUUUUGAAUUCUGAAAAACAUCAUUUUUUUUUUUCCUCAUCUGAUUUUUGUCUCUCACAGGGCUCACCAGCAAUACAGACAAGAAUUACCAACCCACCAGAAGGAGGUCCAACUGCUGCUAA